AUGGCUUCUUCCACCCCUUCCCGGCAGCUCAUCAGCUCGGGCAGCGCGUUCGAGGCGGAGAUCGGCUAUUCCAGGGCCGUAGUCGACGGCGACUUUGUGUUCGUGUCAGGAUGCACAGGGUACGACUACAAGACGGGAGCCAUCUCGGGCGACGUGGCGGAGCAGGCGGAGCAGUGCAUGGUCAAUAUCGCGGCGGCGCUGUCCGAGGCCGGGGCCGCCGUCGGGGAUAUCGUCAGGGUGCGGUAUAUGCUCCCGGACCGGGACGACUUCCCCAAGACGUGGCCGGUGCUGAGGCGCUGGCUGGGCGAGGUCAGGCCUGCGGCUACCAUGAUUGUGGCAGGGCUGAUGAAGGAGGAGAUGAGGAUCGAGGUUGAGGUCACGGCCAGGAGGAGGGGAGGGCAAUUGGCUUUGUCGAGGUCGCCGAACGGGGACGGCGGGAGGGCGGGCCUUGCUUGA